AUGCCAAAAUAUGUCAUUCCCUUAUUUGACGAAAUCCGUGCCUCUCUGAGCCCCCCUGAUGCAUCCGCAACCGUGGUGAGAGUCGGCAAGCAUGCUGCGGUCAAGUUCGGCGCCCGGAUUUUACUUCUUGAGGCGGAGAAUCUCAGAUACGUGUCGGAAAACAGCGAUGUUCCUGUGCCCAAAGUCUUCACGACGAUGACCGAGCCGGAGACAGGUUACAGCUUCAUCGUGAUGGAGUACGUGAAUGGUCAGCGGCUUGAUGCGAUAUGGGAAUCCUUGACGUCUGAAGAGAAGCACGACAUAGGCAAGCAAACCCAGACAGCCCUUGAGGACCUCCGCAAGAUCCCGAUUCCCGGCUACUUCGGGGCCCUCGAUCGGCAGCCCUUCCCCGACGGAGUUUUCUGGACGCAGGAAAGAAAUCCGGAAACGUCAGGUCCGGUACCAAGGAGGCCGGCAGAGGCGGACUCAAGAUCAAAAUCAUCGAUUGGGAAAACUCUGGCUGGUAUCCCGAGUACUGGGAAUUCUGCAACAGUACCAUCACUGGCCGCUUCCGACCACAGUGGCUGAAGUUGGUCCUACAAAUCAUGCCUAUUUACAAGACCGAGUACCUGAUGCUUCAGGCCAUUCGGAGCGUGCUUUUUUAUUAGAAUACUGUUGCUGGUGUACACAGAGUAUUGGUGAACGACGUUGUCAUGUGAAGCUCGACAAUGACAUGCCUCAGCAGUGCCAUUGCGAUCGCUCUCCU